ACCAGAUCGCCUGCCGACGCCGAUUGAAAGUGAAAGGAACUCCUCCAACUGCGUGAAAGGUAAACGACCCAGUUGCGCUUCAUAUACAUUUUGGAGCAGCUGAGGGAGGUUAUCAAUGCAUUUAGCAAGACCAAAGUCUUCGAAAGGGAGGAGCAGACCCGCCGUUGACAGCUUGCUACAUCCAAGUGGUUCACACAUCGACCCGAAGGCCUCAAACUAUCAUCUCAGGGGCAAGCCGGACGGAACCGUCCGCUCCCUGUCUGAGCCUGAGCUUCGGCAGGCCCGGCGGUGGAACAGGGAGGAACUUCUGCACUUGCUACCGCAGGAGCAUGAUGCUGUUCCUAAAGCAUCUCUAAACAAGUACCAAGUCCUUCCAUCCAUACCGACCAGGCAGUCCCAGGAGAGGUCGCCUAAGAACUUGGAUGAAAUGAUGGUACAGCUCAACCUGUCUGGAGAAGUGACCAAAAGCAGGACACUGGAGCAGGAAGGGACUAAUGGACAGCUCAGUAUGGGAGCCCGGUGUGAACCUUCAGAAACAGCACCAACACCUAAAUCAGGCAGUUUGCUUCUGGCUAUAAGAGCGCCGUGCGGUCGGAGGUUUGAGCAGUACUUUGACCCCACAGACACCCUGCGGGCGGUGAGAGCCAGCGCAGAGGCCCGGUUUGCUGCCACCUACAGAAAGGCUUUCAUCGAGACCAUGGAUGUGCCACGCAGAACCUUUACAGACAUGGACAUGACCCUGGAGCGGUGUGGCAUCCUGAACAGAUCAGUGCUGUGCAUCUCUUACCAUUUCCAGCACUAUUAAACAAAGCGCUGAUGCAGAAAUACUACACUUUAUUGAACCAAAUCAAUAAAGUAGUUUUGAAUUUGAA